AUGUAUGGAGGUGGUGCAAUCUGUGUGGGCCAUGGAUGUAAAGGAAGAUGUUUCUGUGAUUUUAUGUUAUUGCUCGCCGGUCUAGCAAUCAUCGGCUUGGGUACAGCAGUUCACGUCAAUUUGAGUGACUUCUACCAGAUCAUCGACAUCAGGGUGCUGACCAUCUCCGUUAUCGUGCUAGGAUGCAUCGUCUUUGUCAUAGCAUUCUGUGCCUGCUGCGGCGCCAUCAGGGAAUCAAAAUGCAUGCUGGGUUUCUACGCAGCCUGCAUGGCGAUCCUGGCAGCUCUUAAGAUCUACAUCACCGUUGUCAUAUUCUCAUUCCUGGGACAUACCAUGGAAACUAUAUCAAGAUGGCUAGAUACCGCCUUCAGAAAUACUGAUCUCGAACCAGUUUUCAACGGGAUGGAGAUGCUGUUCCAAUGCUGCGGUACAAACGGAACAUCUUCGUAUAUAGCAGCUGGUCGCCAAAUACCAGUCUCAUGUUGUCCCAAUCCGAAUGCACAAAAUCCGCCCCCGUGCGACAGCGCAAACGCGUAUGGCGGCUGCACUGACAAACUGAGCGAUUACUUCGACACCUUCGGAGAAGCUAUUGGAGGAGUGCUUGUUGUUGUUAUCAUUGUUGAGUGUAUCUGUGUCAUCUUCGGGCUGUUCAUGUGCUGUCAGAUAAGAGCACGAAGGAAUUAA